UCGGCAUCCGCGGCUCCUCGGCUCGGUCCGCCGCGGGCGAACUUUUCAUUUGCAAAGAGCGGAUCUUCCCGGGACCGGAGACGAUGGCCGUGUGGCCCGGGGUCUUGGCUCUGUCUCUGGUGCUGCAGUGGUUUUUGAUCGCCGCAGCAGCUCAAGGGAUUGUGUACGACCUUCUGGUGUCGCCGGACUGCCUGCCGGACCUGCUCCAAGGAAGCUUAAAGAACCGAGGGCGGGACGAGGCCUUCCUGCUGUCCUCCUUCAAACUUCAGAGCAAGGCCCCCACAAGCCUUUACAGCAUCAUUAACCCCAAUGACAACAGCAAGUACCUGGACCUCAACGUGCAGGCCAAGCUGAGCAAAGUCACUCUGAGGUACCAGAAGUCCGACGGCAGAUACGCCACGACCAGUUUUAACCGCGGCUCCCUGGCCGACGGCCGUGACCACCACAUAUUGCUGCACGCAAGCGGUCUGCAGCGCGGCCCCCCUCGCCUCAACAUCUACGUGGACUGCAGACUGGUUCACACUCUGGGUGACCUUCCGGCCGCCUUCGGGUCCAUCCCACGCGGUCCCAACUCAGUGGCACUUCGGACGCUGCAGGGCGGCGUGACCGACAUGAAACUGGUCCUCGACGACACCAUAGACAACGUGGCGACGCUGCAGGAGUGCAGCCUGGAUCAGAGUGAACCUCUGAAAGUGCUGAGUUUCCAGGCAGCCACGAGCGUACAGGAGCAGACCACAAUGCAGGAAUUAAGGAGCCUGCUGGCCGAGAUGAAGGAGAUGCUCAAUCAGCAGAUAAAAGAGACCACCUUUCUGAGGAACACCAUCACAGAGUGUCUUCCUUGUGAUCUGGGUGGAAGUCCCACCAACCCAGGACCACCUCCAGGUCCAGACUCGUACGAAAUGCCCCCUUCCUGCCCACCGGGCACGUGUUUCCGUCAGGACAUGUGCAUCCCCUCUCCAACGGGAGGAUACAGCUGUGCUCCAUGUCCUGACGGAUACGCCGGGGACGGGACUUACUGCGAUGACAUAGACGAGUGCCAAUUCAAUCCAUGUUUUCCCGGCGUGAGGUGCGAGAACACUUCGCCCGGGUUCCGAUGUGGCAAAUGUCCUUUGGGAUACGACGGACCAGAAAUAAACGGAGUCGGGGUGUCCUACGCGCAAUCAAACAAGCAGAUGUGCGAAGACAUCGACGAGUGCCUCAGCCCGCCCGACUUCGGCGGUUGCACCGCCAACUCCCAUUGCCACAACACUAUCGGCUCCUUCCAAUGCGGAGACUGCAAAAACGGCUUCACGGGCGACCAGGCGAGCGGCUGCCGGGGCACCAGGCUCUGCGCCAACGGUCAGCCCAACCUGUGCGACGCCAACGCCGAAUGUGUUGUGCAGAGAGACGGCAGCUUUGGCUGUGCGUGUGGUGUUGGUUGGGCAGGCGAUGGCUAUAAGUGUGGAAAGGACACGGAUAUUGACGGGUAUCCCGACGGUCCACUUGACUGCCAAGGAAACAACUGUAAUAAGGACAACUGCGCGUUUGUUCCCAAUUCUGGCCAAGAAGAUGCCGACAGAGACGGCACGGGCGACGCCUGCGAUGAGGAUGCGGACAGCGACGGCAUCGCUAACGUCGAGGACAACUGUUGGCUGGUUCACAACGUGGACCAGAAGAACAGCGAUAAGGAUCUCCAUGGCGACGCCUGCGACAACUGCAGAAGGGUGGAAAAUCCGUCCCAGAGAGACACAGACGACGACGGGCUGGGAGACGAGUGCGACGACGACAUGGACGGGGACGAUUUGAAGAAUAACGAGGACAAUUGCCCACGGGUGGCUAACUCGGACCAGAAAGACAAAGACGACGACGGCGUGGGAGAUGCCUGCGACAGCUGCCCUGAAAUGGCCAACCCCAACCAGUCCGACUCGGACGAUGACCUUGUAGGAGAUACGUGCGACGACAACAUCGACACCGACGGAGACGGCCAUCAGGACACAAAAGACAACUGUCCCAACGUCAUCAACUCCUCUCAGCUGGACACAGACAAGGACGGCAUGGGAGACGAAUGUGACGACGACGACGACAACGACGGCAUCAAGGACGACGAGGACAACUGCAGAUUGGUGGUCAACCUGGACCAAAAGGACUCGGAUAACGACAACGUGGGCGACGCGUGCCAAGGCGACUUUGACAAAGACAACGUCAUUGACGUCGUCGACCACUGCCCAGAAAACGCCGAGGUCACCCUGACGGAUUUCAGAGCCUACCAAACCGUGGUCCUGGAUCCGGAAGGUGACUCGCAGAUCGAUCCCAACUGGGUGGUUCUCAACCAGGGGAUGGAGAUAGUCCAGACCAUGAACUCCGACCCCGGCCUAGCUGUGGGCUACACCGCCUUCAGCGGCGUGGACUUCGAGGGAACGUUCCACGUCAACACCGUGACUGACGACGACUACGCCGGCUUCAUCUUCGGCUAUCAGGACUCCUCCUCCUUCUACGUGGUCAUGUGGAAGCAGACGGAGCAGACCUACUGGCAGGCCGCGCCCUUCCGAGCUGUGGCCGAGCCGGGAAUACAGCUGAAGGCGGUCAAGUCCAAAACGGGACCCGGUGAGUACCUGAGGAACUCCCUGUGGCACACUGGAGAUACUCCAGAGCAAGUUCGUCUCCUGUGGAAGGAUCCCAGGAAUGUGGGCUGGAAAGACAAAGUGUCCUACCGCUGGUUCCUCCAGCACAGACCUCAAGUUGGAUACAUCAGGGCUCGCUUCUUCGAGGGCUCCGACCUGGUGGCGGACUCGAGUGUGAUCCUUGACACCAGCAUGAGAGGAGGAAGGCUGGGGGUCUUCUGCUUCUCCCAGGAAAACAUCAUCUGGUCCAAUCUCAAGUACAGAUGCAACGACACCAUUCCUGAUGACUAUGACCAGUUCAGUGCUCAAAACAUCAGCUGAAGCCUGGGAUAAAUAAUUAAAAAACUCACUAGAGGCCAUUAUGUACUUUUUGAAAAUGAAGCUAACGAAGUGUGUGUCUACAGGUACUGAAUGUGUUUGCAUUAUCCAACGCAGUGUUUAUCAUUUGCUGUUAACGACAAUUUAAUAAAAUAAGCAUUCGGUUA